UGAACGCACACAAUAAGAAAAGGACGCUAAAUUCCAGGCAACGCAAUGUAGCCUUCCUUUUCCGGUGAAACUCUGGCAAGAUGGCGGACGUUGAGCAAAAGAAGAAGCGUACCUUCAGGAAGUUCACCUACAGAGGAGUGGACCUGGACCAGCUUCUGGACAUGUCCUAUGAGCAGCUGAUGCAGCUCUACUGUGCCCGCCAGCGCCGCAGGCUGAACCGGGGUCUUCGCCGCAAACAGCAGUCCCUCCUCAAGCGCCUGCGCAAGGCCAAGAAAGAGGCUCCCCCCAUGGAGAAGCCCGAGGUGGUCAAGACUCACCUGAGAGACAUGGUCAUCCUGCCAGAGAUGGUGGGCUCCAUGGUUGGAGUUUACAAUGGAAAGACCUUCAACCAGGUUGAAAUCAAGCCUGAAAUGAUUGGUCACUACCUUGGGGAGUUCUCCAUCACAUACAAACCCGUCAAGCAUGGUCGCCCUGGUAUUGGAGCCACGCACUCUUCUCGCUUCAUUCCCCUGAAGUAAAGUUUUGUUCAUGGGUGUGUAAAUAAAAGUGACUUCCAAACCA